AUGCAAAAAUACCGAAUGCAACGUUCUCUUAAGAACGAAAACCAUAUUAGUCUGAAUGUUCUAUCUAUCUAUCUAUCUAUCUAUCUAUCUAUCUAUCUAUCUGCCUGUCUAUCUGUCUAUUUAUCUAUCUCAGUCUGUUCAUAUCUAUUUGAAUCUACCCCCGUGUACUCAGUCUUCGUCGACUUUCAGAAAGUUUUUGAUAAUGUCAACAAAGACGUCAUCUGGAGACUGGUGCAUCACUACGGUCUUCCACCAAAGUUGGUCAACAUCAUCCAACAACUGUAUGAGGAUGCCACCUGUCAAGUCAUCCACGACGGAACCAUUCUCCGUGCACACUGGAGUUCGUCAGGGAUCUCUGCUGUCGUCGACGAUCAUUUUUCUGGUGGUCGACUGAAUAAUGCAGCAGGCCAAGACAGGCAAGAGAACUGUUUGCUGUUUUUCAUUGUUUCGUUAUUCUUAAUUUCCCCCCUCUCCCCUCCCCCUCCCCUCUCUCUCUUUAAUUACUUUAUUAAUCCUUUCUCUUUUUCUUUCUUUCUUUCUGUGAUUAUAAUCACUUUUCAUGCCAGUUUUUCUCUCUUUCUUUCUUUUUCUUUCUUUUUUAUAAAUAACUCUACACGCGUCUUUUUCUCUUCUUUCUUUCUUUCUUCUUUCUUUCUUUAUAAAUAA